AUGGGGCUGGACCUUCCCUGGUGCACGGGGGUGCUCGGGUGGGAGUCGCUCGGGGUUUGCCUUGCUGACAGGGGCCGUGUUGGUGCCUGCGGGGAAGGACCGACCUGCGCGUAUGUCAACAACAAAACAUUUGCUGAAUCAGACAGCUCAGAGGAUGAAGGGUAUGCUGUUCCUCCACCGACAUCACAGCCAAACUAUUCAAGCACAUACACCAUUAUUCAACAGCCUGCUACCACCACUUCUGUAGUAGUAGUUGGUGGCUGUCCUGCCUGCAGGGUUGGCGUGUUGGAGGACACCUUCACCUGUCUCGGUGUUUUGUGUGCCAUUGUAUUCUUUCCCAUUGGGAUUCUGUUCUGUCUUGCACUGAGGCAGAGAAGAUGCCCUAAUUGUGGGGCAGCUUUUGGCUAA